CCCCCCGCGCUAGCCCCGCCCCCUCUGGUCCCCAGCCAACUUGGACUUGAAUGAGGUGCGCGCAGAGCAGACGGCUGGACUAUUAAAACAAACCGUCUGGGAACAACCCCGGGAAUAACACCGGGAAUACUGGAGGACAGAAGCCAGACAUCGGGAAGGGGGUGGGGGGUCGGAGGCUAAAGGAAAGCCGCUCCACAGCUGCCUGGAAGAAAGAAGAGGAAAAGCCUGCGUCAAUGUUCGUCCGUUUUCCGCGUCGAUCCGUGAGAUUCCCCCAAUGUUCAGCUUCAUGGGUCUGAUGAACGGAACCACCGACACCCACACCAAUGUCUCCUGUACGUGUAACUGCAAGAGAUCCUGCACUUCAUUCCAGAGUAUGGCGAUCACCCAGCUGGAGUUUAUUCAGAUCCUGGUGAUCGUGGUGGUGAUGAUGAUGAUGGUGCUGGUGGUCACGUGUCUGCUGAACCACUACAGACUGUCUGCGCAGUCUCUCAUCUCCCGCCACGGACGAGUGCGCAGACGACACCUGCCCCUGCCGUCGGAGAGCAGUCUGUGGUGCUCUGAUACACACACCUCGUCUAGUGCCAUGAGUGAGGUUUACGCUCCUCGACCGCCGGACCCCCAGUGUGAGCGUCUGUCACGCUUCCAGCCCACGUUCCCGUACCUCCCUCACGCCAUCAUCGACCUCCCGCCCACCAUCUCUCUGUCGGACGGAGAGGAGCCUCCUCCGUAUCAGGGCCCCUGUUCCCUUCAGCUGCGAGACCCCGAGCAGCAGCUGGAGCUCAACCGAGAGUCUGUCCGAGCGCCGCCCAACCGCACCGUGUUCGACAGUCCGCUCAUCCCCGCCGAGGGCGCUCCGCCGGCGUACAGCGAGGUCAUAGGUCACUGUUACCACCCCUCAUCACCGCUGGUGCAGGGUCUGAUGGACAGCAGAAACACACGCAACAGAGACAAACCCAAAGCACAGCACGUCUGAAAC